ACAAAGAGAUCACACCCACCUCCGAUGAAGCUAGAACCAUUAACCACCAUUAAAAAAAUGCUCCCAUUGUUAACCAAAUACAAGGCUAUGAUACUGACGCACUAUUCUUCUUUCAUCACCCAUAUCCUCUCAACUUCCACUCCUGCUGCUUCUUCCCCCCUUCACCCAUCUCCAAAGGGUUUUAUUGGUUCGAUUUUGAGGCGCAAGUUUCGGGGUUAUUGUUCCAACAGAGGAGUGAUGGCUAGCAGCAUUAAAGUGGUACAAAACCCUGACACCAUUUCGUAUCUGAAUCAACGAGAAGCUGCUGAGGUUGAUGAGAUUCUCAUGGGCCCUCUUGGGUUUAGUGUUGAUCAGCUUAUGGAAUUGGCUGGUUUGAGUGUUGCCACAGCAAUUGCAGAGGUGUACAACGUUAAGGAUUAUAAUCGUGUAUUGACCAUAUGUGGCCCAGGAAACAAUGGCGGGGAUGGUCUUGUAGCUGCCCGUCAUUUGUAUCACUUCGGAUAUAAACCGUUUGUUUGUUAUCCAAAACGUACUGCAAAGCCUCUUUAUACCGGUCUCGUCACUCAGCUAGAAUCAUUGGGUAUUCCUUUCUUAUCGGUCGAUGAUCUGCCUAUUAACUUAUCAGAGGACUUCAACAUUCUAGUUGAUGCCAUGUUUGGCUUUUCGUUCCAUGGUACACCAAGGCCUCCAUUUGAUGAUUUGAUUAGACGGUUAGUAAAUCUUCAAAACUACAAUGAAAUAAACCAAAAACGAUCGGUGAUUGCCUCUAUAGAUAUUCCAUCUGGGUGGCAUGUGGAGGAAGGAGAUGUAGUUGGUGAUGGAAUCAAACCUGACAUGUUGGUAUCUUUAACUGCUCCUAAGCUUUGCGCCAAGAAGUUCAGUGGGACCCAUCAUUUCUUAGGUGGGAGGUUUGUUCCGCCUUCUAUUAUAGAUAAAUUCAAGCUUCACCUUCCACCAUAUCCCGGAACUUCUAUGUGUGUUAGAAUCGGAAAGGCCCCACAAGUCGACAUAUCCUCAAUGAGAGAAAAUUAUAUCUCUCCUGAGUUGAAGGAGGAAGAUGUGGAGCCCGACCCAUAUGUUCAGUUCCAGAAAUGGUUUGAUGAUGCACUGGCUGCCGGCUUGAAGGAACCAAAUGCUAUGGCAUUGUGUACAGCUGGCAAAGAUGGCAAACCUUCAUCACGAAUGGUAUUGCUGAAGGGAUUUGACAAAACCGGUUUUGUCUGGUACACUAAUUAUGGAAGCCGGAAAGCUAAGGAUUUAUCUGAGAAUGCUAACGCAUCACUAUUAUUUUAUUGGGACGGUUUGAACCGCCAGGUGCGAAUCGAAGGUUCUGUGCAGAAGGUUUCUGAAGAAGAAUCUGAGAGUUACUUCCACAGCCGCCCUAGAGGAAGUCAAAUUGGUGCAAUAGCCAGUAAACAGAGCUCUGUAAUACCUGGACGUGAUUUUCUCCACCAAGAAUAUAAAGAUUUGGAAACAAAAUACUCUGAUGGAGCUCCAAUCCCAAAACCGACAAAUUGGGGUGGUUACAGGCUUAAACCUGAUUUUUUUGAGUUUUGGCAAGGACAGACAUCACGAUUGCAUGACAGGCUAUGUUAUUUUCCUCGCGAAGCCGAUAGCACAAGCUCGUGGAAGAUCAAACGUUUGGCUCCCUGACUAGCAUUCUCUUCAUCCUCAUUAUGAAACACCAAGGCCCACCCAUGAGCAAAGCAUCCUGUGUAUUUCUUUUGACCACUUGAAGCAGCUAAAGCAUGUCUCGUUCUUUUGUUUGAAAGGCAGAUCACUCAUUGAACAUCAAGAGUUCUUUAUUACAAAAAAAAGAAAGAAAAAAAAAGAUUAACGGAAUUGUCGAGCGAAGAAAACAUGGAAAGGCGUAAUCGAAUGAAUCAAUGGUUUGUUUAUGAACUAAAUACGCUGAAGGGAGAUGGUUUUGUAAUAAGUUGUAUAUUUAAACGACUUUAUAUAUAUAUAUAUUCUUAUUGAUACAAUUAACUUGGUGAAUAACAAUACUAAAGUUUGUUUGUUCUGUCA